CUUGCGAAUUAGGGCGCCAUUUGCAAUAUCGACCUUAUCUGACUUCUGUCGAGUUGCAGGUUGAGAUACUUCGUGGUAUGAACUUGUAGUUGCAAAAAUAUUGUGUUGGAUACGAGGAUGUACCAAAAGAUCAAAAAAUGUUAGUUGUUCGAAAAAAAGGAAUAGCCUUUUUAAACCUCGCACAGAAAAGAUGUUCGAUAAUUGGCUCGCUAGUGGCAUUGCUGCUAGAGGAAUUAAUAAAUUGACAAAGAAAGUCAAAUCUGUGAGCUGCAUUUCCAAGAUAAUCAAAUAAUAAGAGAAGAUGUAAUUCCAAUGACAGAUGGUUCAACUGUGACAGUACCGCGAAAAAAAUCAUUAUUGAAGGAAGAUGCCGUUCCAUCUAUAUUUCCAAUGCCGACACCAGCAAAGAGUAAUUUUUAUUAUGUCAAUUCCAUUACUGAAAAAAAACAACAAGAAAAGCACAAUGAAGGAAUCAGUACUGUGACACCAACACAAAAUCUUCUUCAGCGUCCUGUUUCUAUUCCGGAUGCAUGUGUGUCGCAAAAUCCGGUAGCACACAAUUCACAAGAUGUAGCAAACGGACGUGACUUACAGUUACAAACUUGGGCUGGAAUGAUUAGUGAUUUAAAGAAUCUUACUCUUCCGUCAGAGUACUGGAUUUCUGUUUUUCAAGAAGAGUUCGCAAUGUGGACAUGCUGGAUUGAUGAUCUAUCUGUUUGUCAGCGAAAUGUCAUACUUGCAAAAAAUAUGACAUAUCGUGUAAGUAUCUACAAGUUAUAUUACAAAGUUAUGAAUAUAUAUAUAUAUUGUAAGAUUAUUUGUAGAAGAAUUGUGUAA